AUGUCGUUCCAGAAUGUCGCUACCUCUUCAACCUCUCACGUAUUCGAUAUCUUUGAAGUUCUCCACUUCAUCCAUAUCCUCUUCAAAGCCGCCGUCAAAUUCGUGCCCAGAUUGGCCAUCACCUUGCUCGAGCGAAGGCACAUUGACGGGGACAAGAAUCCGAGUUUGCGUGACAUACGCAUCUACGAGUUCGAACUGGGCGAAAAAACCGCCCCAUAUGGCACAAUGCCUGCUUCUACGACACCGGAAUUGAGACAAGCAAUGGCGAAUACAUCCAUGUGCGACCACUUCUGUACCUUUGCUCACAAAGGAUUGAAGAAACACAUUCAUUCUUUCGGCGUCACAGUCCAUUGGGUCCUGGUGGAACCUCGACCACAUCUGUGGCUCAUACCCACGGCGUGCAUCAAAGAAUCAGGGAUUGUCUCCGACAAACUACCUUACCACUCCGUCCUAGAGGUACGACUCCAGGAAGGUUUGGUGGUUUUAUUUGAUGGCACAGGAAGACAGUUCGGCUGGAACUCGAAUGACUGGAUCAUGGAGGGCUACAAGUUCUCUGAAAAAUAUGGGAACUACUACAUAGAGCUGGAUGAUACUGUGGCCGAGGAGGAGGAUCUUCUCAACCACGCAUCCCCAUAUUGGAAUACGGUUAUGGUGUCCCUGUGGGAUUUGCUCGACACCUGCUUGUGUAGUAGCGAGUUGGAAGCUUUGUCUCCAGUCGCCCGCGUUCAUCAAGUCCGCAAAUGGGCCGAGAGGAGGGCUAGGGAACAGAUUGCCAAAAGAUGCCUCGUUGUAUGGCCUUCAGAGUUAUUGCGACAACUCUGCAUGCUUCGAGCUGGACGGGCAUUCAAGAGCGUUCACGAAAGCUAG